AUGAUUGAUAUCAAUGAAAAGGAAAUUAUACAAGUUAUUAAUAAUGGUAAUAAGAAACAGAAACCACAACCUAUAAAUCAUGAAUUAGUUAAUAUUUUUUCAAGAACUAUAACUUCAAAUGGCCGAUUUGAAUCAAAUAUAACUUCACAUAUUAAUUCAAAAUCAUUAAUUAUUGAAUAUAAACAAGGUCAUAUUGUUGUUAAAGCAUUAAAUAAUAAAAGUAAACGUGUUAUAUUAUUUAGAAUACGACAUGAUGAAGAUAUAGAUAUAUCAAAUGAAAUUUAUUUAUUAACUUCUCCAUAUAAAAAUCAAUUAAUUGCAUAUAAAUCUGUUGAUAUAGAUAUAAAUCAAAAUACAAUUUCAGUAACUAUUGAUAUUAAAGUUGAUUUAAAAGUUGAUAUUAAUAUUAAUUAUAGAAGAGAAGUUAUUAAAAGAUUAAUGCCAUUUUUUAUCCCAAUUGAAAAUUCAAAUUCAAAUUCAAAUUCAAAUUCAAAUUCAAAAGUUUCACCUGAAUUUUUUUAUAAAUCAAUUGUUGAAAAUACUGAACAAAUUUCAGCUAUUCAAGAAUUUGAUAUUCCUGAAUUAGAAACUAAUUUAUUAAAUUUUCAAAAAAAAACAGUUAAUUGGUUAUUAGAAAAAGAAAAUGUUAAAUAUGAUUCAUUACUGAAUACAUGUGAAUCAAUACCAUUCUUAAUUGAUAUUACACCUGAAAAUAUUAUUGAAUUAACUAAUAGACUAUGGUAUGGAUGGAAAAUGAUUAAUAAAAAUGGAAAAAAUUAUUAUUUUAAUUUCCUUUCUUGUAAUAUUGCAACUUAUGAUCAAUUAAAAGCAUAUCUUGAAGAAUAUAAAGAAAAUCCUGAUAAAGAUAAUUUUCCAAUUGCUUUACCAGCUCAAGGUUUAUUAUGUGAAGAAAUGGGUCUAGGUAAAACUGUUGAAAUUGUUUCAUUAAUGUUAUUAAAUCAACGUCCUAUAAAUGAAAUUGAUCAAAGAUUAAGUUUAAGAUUAAAUCAAUAUGGUGAUGCAAAAAAUAUUAUAAAAGGUAGAACUACUUUAAUUAUUACCCCCGAUGCAAUUUUAAAACAAUGGCAAAAGGAAAUUAUUACAUUAGCUCCAAGUUUAGCAGUUACAGUAUAUAAAGGACUUGGAAAUUAUAAAGCAUUUGAAAAUAAACCAGCAAUAAUUGCUGCUUAUUUAAGAAAAUUUGAUGUUGUAUUUACUACAUAUUCAACAAUUGCAAAAGAAUUAGAUUAUGCAAAAUAUUCAGCAAAGGCAAAAAGAACAAGAAAUGCAAAAAGACAUAGUUAUUAUGAAGAAAAAUUAGAAGAAGAAGAUGAUGAUGAUAUUGAUGAUGAAGAAGAAGCUGAAAAGCCAAAUCCAACUUAUGAUUUUAAAGAUUUAUUUCAAUUAAGUUUUCAAAAUCCUCAUAUUGCAAAUGCAAAAUCAAUUGAUGAUCAAAAAGGUACUGAUUAUGAAAAAGCUUUACAUGAUGAAAUUUCAUUUGCAUUAAAACAUAAUCAAAUACCAGAUAGUUAUAGAUCAAAUGAUUAUGAAUGUCCAUUAAUGUUGAUUCACUUUUGGCGAGUUGUUUUAGAUGAAGUUCAAAUGGUUAGUUCUCAAAUUUCAAGAGCUUUUCAAAGUGCUUCUUUAAUUUCUGGAUUUCAUAAAUGGGGAGUAUCAGGAACUCCAAUCAAAAAAACAUUGAAUGAUUUAUUUUCAACAUUAAAAUUUUUAAAAUUUUUCCCAUUUAAUGGAGUAUUUGGUGAUUUAAGUUGGGAAUAUUUAAUUAAUAAUCCAAUUGAAUUUAAAAAAUUGUGGACUAAAAUUUCAAUUCGACAUACUAAAUCAAUGGUUCAUGAUGAUAUUAAAUUACCACCGCAAAAUAGAGUAUUAUUAUCAAUUCCAUUUAAUGCAAUUGAACAAGAUCAAUAUAAUAAAUUAUUUGAAGAAUGUUUACAAGAAAUUGGAAUGAAUGUUAAUGGUGAACCAACUACAAAUGAUUGGGAAUUAAAUGGGAAUAUUAUGAUUUUAAUGAGAUCUUGGUUAAAUAGAUUAAGACAAUCAUGUUGUUCUCCACUGAUUGGUAAAUUACAUUUAAGUAGUAAUAGAUUAUUAAAAAAUCAAGCAUCUAGAUAUUCAAGAUAUUAUGAUGCUUAUGAAUCAGAUCAAGCUAUUCAAACAUUAGAUCAAAUAUUAGAAAAUAUGAUUAUAAAAGCAUUUAAUAAUAUAAGUGAAUUUGAAAAGAAAAAAAUUGAAAAAUAUAUUAGAUUAAGUGAAUUUUUUGAAUUUAUAUAUUAUCCUGAAAUUGCAAUUCAAUUUUUAAAAAUUGGAGUUGAUGAAACUAAAAAAAUUAUUAAAAGAUUGGAAAAGAUUUUACAAUAUGAUAUUGAAAAACAAGAUAAAUUAAAAGACGAAGAAAAAUUAAGUGAAAAAAUUAAUCAAUCAAAAUUAAAAAUUAGAAGUUGGUUAAUUUUAUUACAUAAAUUUUAUUUCCUUAUUGCUUCAUCAAAUUUUCAACAUUAUGAUUUAGAAUUUAGAAAAAUAAUAAGUAAAAGAAAAUUACCAAUAAAUUUUCAAUAUCAAAAUUUACUCAAUUUUCAAGGAUCUGAACGUUCAAACGAAUUAGCAUCAAUUAUGAGUGGUAUACCAUUGAAUGAAUUUAAUUUUGAAGAAGAAAGUAUAACUGGACCUUUUAAUGUUCUUGAAAGUACUUAUUAUUCAAUGGCUGAAGAAGUUAGAAGUAAAAUUCUUGAACCAUCAAUUGAAAAUGUAAAUCAAUUAAUUAAAUCAAAAAUUAUAUCUCGUGGUUAUUUAAACAGAAAUGAAGUAAUUGGAGAUUAUGGUAGUUUCAUAGAUGAUGGUACAAAAUUAAUUCCCAAAAAUACUAAAACUUUCUUCAAUUCAUUACCUAUUAUAAAAGUAAAUUUAUCAAAUUUUGCAACUACACCAAAAGUUUCCAUGUUUAUUCAAAAUUUAACUUCAUUAAUUGAACAAUUAAAUUUACAAGCUAUUCAUAUAAAUGAAUGGAUUAAUGAUUUGACUAUAAUUUUAUGUCGUCCUGUAUUAUCAUCCGAUUCAGAUCCAAAUGGGAAUGAAUAUGAUCAAACAUUAAAUGAUCAAGAAAAAAUAUCAUCAUAUUUACAAAUUAUAUUAGAAGCAUUAGAUAAACGAUCAAUGUUUAUAAUUGGUGAAAAAUCAGCGAAUUCAUCAUUAAAUAAUAAUUUUGAAAUAUCAUCUUCACAAUAUCAAUUUUUGAAAAAAAAGUUAGAAGAAACUACACCUAAAUCAAAUUUUGAAUUAGUUGAAUUAGUUAGUUCUUUAACUAUUAUGAAUUCUCAAUUAGAUUCAAAUUCAAUUCAAUCUAAAUUAUUAGAUGAUUUACAAUCAAUUUUACAAACAAUAUAUGAAAAUCAAAAAAUUUCAAAUGUUUUAUUAUUUAAGGAAUUGAAUACAAAUUUAAAUUCUGUAUUUAAUGCUAGGAUAGAUUAUUAUAAACAAUUACAACAAAUUUCAGAUACUGUUAAACCACCAAAUUUUGAAUUACUCGAUAGAAAUAAUUUACAUUUAUCAUCUAUAGAAUCACAAUUUAAUCGAAUUGAUUUAAAAACAAUUGAUGAUCAAUUAGAUUCAUCAAUUGCAAGAUUUAGAUACUUAAAAGUAUUAUCAAAUGAAACAGAUAACGAUAAUGAUGAAUUGAUAUGUAUAAUUUGUCGUUCUUCAAUUUCAACUGGUGCUUUAACUCAAUGUGGUCAUAAAUAUUGUGUUGAUUGUUUAUUAGAAUGGUUGAAAAAAUCAGAUAAUUGUCCAGUAUGUAAAAAUCAAAUUAGAAUUAAUACAUUUCAUAAAUUUACAAGAUACGAACCAGAAUUAAAAAUAAAUCAAGAAACAAGAUCAUCAUCAUCAACAAUUGUAAAUUCUCAUUUACAUUCAAUUUAUAAAUCAUUACCCAUUGAAAUUGUAAAUGAAAUUAAACAAACAAAAUGUGAUGCAAAUUAUUGUACAAAAAUUAAUACCAUAGUUAAACAAGUUUUAUAUUUAAAGUCAAAAGAUCCAAAAGUUCAAAUUGUUGUCUUUAGUCAAUGGCAAGAAUUAUUAUAUUUAAUAGCUGCAGCUUUUAAAUCUCAUGGAAUUACAUAUAUUUCAUCUCAUGGUACAAUGACACCAAGUGAUAUUGGAAUAAAAAAGUCAAAAAAUUCAAAAGAAUCAAGAAAAUAUUCAAAAUAUGAUUCUGUUGAAACUUUCAAGAAUCCAAUUAAUAAAAUUACUUGUUUUUUAUUAAAUGCAAAAGCAGAAGCAAGUGGAUUAACUUUAAUUAAUGCUCAGCAUAUUUUUCUUUGUGAACCAUUAGUUAAUACUGCAUUAGAAUUACAAGCAAUUUCAAGAAUUCAUAGAAUUGGUCAAACUAAACCUACAACAGUUUGGAUGUUUUCAAUUGAAAAUACAAUUGAAGAAUCUAUAAUUAUAACUUCUACUAAUAAAAGAUUACAGUAUUUAAAUAAUCAUGAUUCUACACCUACACCUAAUGAUAUUAAUUUACAACAAGCUGAAAGUUUAACCAUUAUGACUAGUGGUGGUGAAGAAAAUUUAAUUAAUAAACAUAAUUUAAAUCAAGGAGAAUUAGUAACUAAAAAUGAUUUAUGGUCAGCAUUUUUCAGUUCAAAAUUAAAAAAUUAUCAACCAUAUUAUACGAAUUUAUGA